AUGCAUGAGCCUUCAAGAGCAAAUGUAGAAAAUGGAGAAAUUAAUAAAGGUUUUGAAACUAGCCCCGAAUCAAUUAAUGGAUCUGAAAUUAAAAAAGAUGUAGAAACAGAAUUAGACAAAAAAUUAAGGAUGAACAACGAAAGACUCAGCAAAAGACCAAAAUGGGACAAUCAAAUAGAAUUUCUUAUGUCUUGCAUCGCUACAUCAGUGGGUCUCGGGAACGUAUGGAGAUUUCCAUUUGUUGCUUAUAACAAUGGCGGUGGUGCAUUCCUUAUACCAUACAUUAUAGUACUUUUUGUCGUAGGCAAACCCAUGUACUACCUCGAAUUAGUGAUCGGACAGUUUAGCAACAGCAAUUGUGUAAGAGUAUGGGCAUUAUCACCAGCUAUGAAAGGUACAGGAUAUGCUCAGACCAUGGGUGCUGGUUACGUGCUUUCGUAUUAUGUUUCCAUCAUUGCAUUGUGCCUAUACUACUUAGCGAUGAGUUUUAGCUCCACUCUUCCCUGGGCGCUCUGCGACCCCUCAUGGACAGAUUGCGUACCUUCGGGAGAGAUCGUGAACAUGUCAGAAAUACAAGGCAAUGCAGUUAGUAGCGCUGAACUGUACUUCACGAAGACAGUUUUGCGGCAGUCCGAUGGGAUCCAUGAUGGUAUCGGUAUUCCAUUGUGGGACUUAACAUUGUGUCUCCUAGUGUCGUGGUUGAUAAUUUUUGUAAUCGUUGCCCGAGGAGUGAAAAGUACCGGAAAGGCUGCCUAUUUUCUUGCACUCUUUCCAUACGUAGUUAUGAUAAUUUUGUUGAUAAGGGCUGUGACAUUACCAGGAGCCGCUAACGGAAUAUUAUUUUUUGUGACACCCCAGUGGGAAAAAAUAUUAGAAGUUCGGGUUUGGUAUGCCGCGGUUACCCAAGUAUUUUUCUCAUUAUCAGUUUGUUCAGGAGCACUUAUUAUGUUUUCUUCAUACAACAAUUUUAGUCAAAAUGUUUACAGAGAUGCGAUGAUCGUAACAACAUUAGAUACAUUCACUAGCUUAUUAUCUGGAAUAACAAUUUUCGGCGUUUUGGGCAAUCUUGCGUAUGAACUUAAUUAUGAUGAUGUCAGCGAAGUUAUUGGAUCUGGAGGGACAAGUUUGGCUUUUAUAUCAUAUCCCGAUGCUAUCGCUAAAACACCUUUCGCACCUCAGUUAUUUGCUGUUUUAUUCUUCCUCAUGAUGGCGGUAUUGGGAGUUGGAUCUGGUGUUGCAUUAGUUUCCACUAUCAACACGGUGUUGUUGGACACAUUCCCUCGAGUGCCUACUAUUUACAUGUCGGCAGGAGUUUGUUCGGCGACUUUCCUUAUUGGACUCGUUUACGUUACACCGGGCGGACAAUACAUACUUGAAAUAGUCGAUCACUACGGAGGUACAUUUAUGAGACUUUUUGCUGCUAUAGCUGAAACUAUAGGAAUAUUUUGGAUAUAUGGAUUGGAGAACAUGUGUAGGGAUAUAGAAUUUAUGUUGGGAAUAAAAACAUCGUUCUACUGGCGAUUAUGUUGGAGUAUCGUUACACCGGUUAUGAUGAUAAUAGUUUUCUUGUACGCUAUGAUCACAGCAGAGAAAUUGCUAUUUGGUGGAACCUAUGAAUAUCCUGAGUCAGCAUAUAUUGCUGGAAACGUUUUACAAUAUGUUGGAAUAGCUAUGGUACCUUUAUUCAUUAUUUUUGCCUUGUGGAAAUAUAGGUCGAAAACUGUAGUAGAGACAACAAAAAGAGCGUUCCGUAAAAAACCAACUUACGGCCCUUCGGAUCUUCAAAAACGAAAAGAGUGGAAAGAUUUCAGAAGGAAUGCAAAAAUGAAUGAACAAAUGCGUAGAAGAAACUGGUUCCAACAUAUUGCAAUAAUUUUAUUCCGAGGGUAUCGAUGAAAUAUGUAA